GGCUGCUAACCACCAGGAGUUGGUAUCUCUUCCCAUUAUCCUGACAAUGCUCUUCAGAAGGGCAAGAUGGGAGAUGGUGUCAUCAUUGGUGUUUUCGACACAGGUCCAUCCUCUCUCCACUCCCUAUCAUGUUUUGGUCCAAGCCUCUCACUUAUAUCAAAUAGCUUCUCGGUUCCAUAUGCACAAAAAAUUCAGAAAGAACUCAAAAACAUUUUCUUUUACCUGAUGCAAAUAGGAAUAUACCGGGGGUGUAAAGCUUUCACUGAUGAAGGACUUGGACCAAUCCCUUCCCGUUGGAAAGGUGUUUGUCAGUCAGGAAACCAAUUCAAUGCUAGAAUUCACAGUAAUAAAAAAAUAAUUGGAGCCCGUUGGUACAUGGAUGCAUUUCUUGCUGAGUAUGGACAGAAACUGAACACAUCUGAAAACCAGGAAUACUUGUCACCAAGAGAUGCAAAUGGACAUGGAACGCACACGUUCAGCACUGCAGCUGGGUCUUCUGUUGGAAAUGUUAGCUUCAGAGGCCUUGGUCCUGGGACAGCAAGAGGUGGAGCACCACAUGCUCGGUUGGCCGUCUACAAGGUCUGCUGGAAUGUGCUUGGGGGACAGUGUUUAUCGGCUGAUAUACUGAAGGCCUUCGAUGAUGCAAUUCAUGAUGGAGUUGAUGCCUUAUCACCGUCAAUUGGAUCUUCUAUUCCUCUUUUUCCACAGGUUGAUGAACGUGAUGGGAUUGCCACUGGAUCUUUCCAUGCCGUGGCCAGAGGAAUCACUGUUGUAUGUGGAGCUGCAAACGAUGGACCUUCAGCUCAAACAGUCCAAAACACUGCACCAUGGAUCUUAACUGUUGCAGCAAGCACCAUUGAUAGAGCAUUCCCUACACGCAUAACUCUUGGGAACAGCAAAAGUUUCCUGGGUCAGGCCAUGUACACUGGGAAGGAGAUUGGUUUUUCAGGCUUGAUAUACCCAGAAGCGAAAGGGCUUGAACCUAAUUCUGCAGGAGUAUGCCAAAAUAUUUCCCUCAACACUCAAAUGGUAGCUGGAAAAGUAGUCCUCCGCUUCACCUCAGUAUUUCAUAGAGUUGCCAUAAUAAGUACUGCAGCAACUGUGCAAGAAGAUGGUGGAAUUGGGUUGAUUAUUGCAAAAAGUCCCAGUGAUGCCUUAUCUCCGUGUGGAAAUGAUUUCCAUUGCAUUGAAGUUGACUAUAAAAUUGGCACCAGAAUACUAUUCUACAUCCGUUCUGUCAGGUCCCCUAUAGUGAAAUUGAGCCCUUCAAAAACACUUGCUGGCAAGCCUGUGUCUCCAAAGGUGGCCUUUUUCUCCUCUAGGGGGCCUAGCUCAAUAGCGCCAGAACCAGACAUAACUGCACCUGGAGUGAACAUCUUAGCUGCUACUUCUCCCGAUGACUGGUUGGUGGACGGUGGAUAUGCCAUGCGAUCAGGUACUUCAAUGCCAACUCCUCAUGUCUCUGGAAUUGUAGCACUUCUCAAAGUAUUGCAUCCUGAUUGGUCUCCAGCAGCUAUUAAAUCUGCCCUUUUCACAACUGGUAUCCCUUUUAGCUCAUCUUUUAAAAAAAAGUUUCUCAUCAAUCCUUCAAGAAAUGAUAAGAAGAUUGACCCACCAGAUAUAUAUUCAUGUGCUGCAGCAUGGGGGAAUGAUCAAUCAGAUUUGCCAAUCUUUGCUGAGGGAUCUCCUCAAAAGCUCGCUAAUCCACUGGAUUUUGGGGGUGGCAUUGUGAACCCAAAUGGGGUAGCAGAUCCUGGCCUGGUAUAUGACAUGGGUGCAGCUGACUAUAUUCAUUACCUCUGUGCCAUGGGCUACAACAACUCUGCUAUCAGUCGACUCACAGGCAAACCAACAGCAUGCCCCAUUGAAAAACCUUCCAUUCUGGAUGUAUCAGUGAGGGCUGAGGUUUUAGCCUUCAAUCCUGUAGCCAGGAAGAUAUCCUUCACUGUUACAGUCCCUACAACACGAUUGGUGAAUACAGGAUAUUACUUUGGAUCCCUGACUUGGACUGAUGGAAUACAUGCUGUGGGAAUUCCCUUGGAGGGGUUUAGAAAAAUUUUCGGGAAUGGGAGGAAUACUUUCUUUUGGGAUGAAGUGUGGGCUGGAGGGGUGUGUUUGAAGGAAAGAUUGCCUAGGCUGUUUAGAUUGUCAUGUAAGGUUGAUGCUGCAGUGGAGGAGAUGGAAGUGUGGGAGGAUGGUGCACGCAGGUGGGAACUUAGAUGGAGAAGGGAAUUAUCAAUAGUUAAUGAGUUCAUUGCUUUUCCUUCUAAUUUUGAGGUUCAACAGGAUAUCAAAGAUAAACUGGCGUGGAAUGGGGACAGUUCCAGUGUGUUUACUGUGAAGAAAGCUUAUGCAAAUUUGACAGACCAAACUUUUUAUAAUGGCGACAAUGAUUUUGUUUUAGUGUGGCAUAAAUUGGUUCCUAUAAACAUCUGUGCAUUUGCUUGGAAGCUUGUUCUGAAUAAAAUUCCAACAAGAACCAACCUAAGCAGAAGAGGUGUAGCACUUGAGCCUGAUACUGUUUUCUGAAUCCUGUGUAAUCUACAAGACGAAGAUGCUGACCACUUGUUUUCAUAGUGUUCUUUGGUGAGGAACCUUUGGUCUGCUGUUCCUAAUUGGUGGGCUAUUGAUCUUGUCUUGUCCAACAGUUGCAAAGAUAUGUUUCUUCAACUCUCAGGGAUUCUGCAGAGGAGCAAAUGGCAUAAUGGAUGGAAAUGCACAUGGUUUGCUGUUGUAUGGUGUAUAUGGAAAAGUAGAACAUAAUCAAAUCUUUAAAUUUAU